AUGUUGUUCACUCAAAGGACGCCGGCAUUCGACGUUUGCCGCCAAUCUCUAAACCUCAGCCUCGGCCGCCACGUUUCUAAUGCUCGCUGCGAGCCGAGCAAGGAUAAUAAUACCAGCGAGAACGGCGGCGGUUUUGGGAGCAAUGGUUACUGCGAGAUAACGGAUGCGGGAAGCAACAAGAGCAGCAGUGCAACCAGCGACACCUCGACACCCUCGCCGACGAACUCCACGACCAACGAGACUUUCUCCCGGCUCUCCCUCGAAGCUCCCGAUGACAUUCCGGGGGGGUCGCCCGGUCCGUGGACGUAUACUUCGACAGCCGAGCAGAUCUUUUCGACGCGGGUGUUUUCCUCAGAUAGUGGUGCAACGGAGAUGGGUUCGCCCAUGCGGAUGUCUCGGUCGCUCAGCUUCACGGUGAUCUCGUCUCCAGGGUCGACCAUGCACGAAGACGAUGUCGCGCCCAAGAUUGAGGAAAUCGACGAAGAUGAUGGAACGAUAUCACUAAGUAUCCACCACGACGAGCCACUGGAUGGCAAAAGUGACGUUCCGCCGUCGCCGACUGCCUGUGUUCCUAGAAAACGCGGCAGACCGCGCAAACACCCCCCACCAGCGCCAGGCCAGGCCAAAAUCACAAAGGGCCGAUCGAAGACUGGAUGUAUAACAUGUCGCCGGCGGAAGAAGAAAUGCGACGAGACGAAGCCGGCGUGUCUGAACUGCCAGAAAAACGCCGUUGUUUGCGAGGGUUACCCGGUGAAGGAAGUCUGGAAGAGCGGAAAGCAGAAGAUAGAAGAAGCAGCUCGAAGACAGUCCUUUGCCAUCCUCGCCCGCGGACUGCCCAUCCUCAUCGACGGCAUCGAGACAGACAUCGACAGACGCUUCCUUGACCACUUUGUAAACGACUUUAGCAGAGUACUCACCUUGAUAAACGAUGACUCCAAUCCGUUCAAGGAGAUACUGCUACCAAUGGCGACCCAGCAUAAAGGCCUGAUGCACUCGUUGAUGUGUCUGGCCGGAUCACAUCUCUCGGCUCGAGACCCUGAGCCUUCACUGAAGGAGCGAAAGCAUUAUCACUUCCAUCGCGCAAUUACGAAUCUGAGAACUACCAUCGCCGCUCAAUCAUCGACUUGCUCACCAUCAUCGCCUCCUUCUCCUCCUUCUUCCUCCUCUCCUUCACCGACAACGACCACAAACACAAAAACAAAAGCCAAAGAACACCCAGAAAGUCUCCCCGUCGAAGAUCCUAUGAUUGCAUCGACUAUUGCGCUAUGUCUUCAUACGAUUUGCGAGGGGGAAACUAAGGGAGAAUACAGGUCGCACAUGGAUGCUGCGAGAUAUCUUUUGAUCACACAGCGGCCAAGGAACGAAAAGUUUCGACAGUUUAUCGUCGAGUUCUUCCAGUACCAUGAUGUGUCCAACUCGGUGACCACACUCGAUAGACGGCCUGUCUGUUUCGCCGGUGACCUUCGCCUACCCGACUUCGUUCCCCAUGCUCAGGCCGGUGCUCUGCUAGGCAUUUUCGACGGGCUCUUCCAUUACAUAUCCGAGAUCACUGUCCUUCGUGAUAGGAUACGGCGACGGAUAAACCAGGGCAUUGAGCCGGCAAUUGAUUAUCAGACACUGAGUGAAGCUGUAGGAAUAGACUCGCAAAUCCGCGCGUGGGAGCCAUCAUAUCCCGCAGACAACCCUAACUGGUUAGCAUCUCAGUUAUAUAGACAGUCUACUUGGGUGUACCUGUAUAGAACCAUUCGUCCAUCACGGCCAGACGAGAAAAUAUCACAGGUGGUAGAUGACGGCCUCCUCUAUCUCAGCCAGCUACCCUUAGAUGCUGGCGCAUAUAGCAUCCUAUUAAUGCCCCUCUUUCUGCUUGGAUGUUCUGCUUUCGAACCCUACCAACGAGAGCGUGUUAAGACCGGAUUCGACAGCUUACAGUCAUAUUCGAGCCUGCGAAAUAUCGUUCCCGCACUUCGAGUGGUAGAGAAGGUCUGGGACGUCAUGGAUACAAGCCCAAACCUUAGUUGGGAUUGGGAGAAGAUCAUUGACGAUAUGAACAUGGACUUCUUGAUAACAUGA